AAUAAACAUGCAACCGACGCGACGCUAACCUAAAAAAGUACAAAUUACCGCCAACAUUUUCAUCGGCGCUUCCGCAGAAGUUUACGUUUUCUUUGUUCGUUAAGUGUUUGUUUUGCAUUGAAGCGUUUACUUUCAUGGACGAGAUGAAUCCGCAGAGUAACAGUAAGAAUGAAAGUACAGGCGAAGAAAAUCCUCCCGAACCAGUUAGUGAGGCUCCACCCGACAACGUUUCGGCGUGUUCCACAGAAUCGAGUUCUACCAUUCAGGCCUGUUUUAAUUCAAUGGGCAAUAAUCUGAACUUUUUGGCAUGGUGUAAGGGUUUCGAUCUUAAUCCUAACAUUGCUCGUCAAAUUGAAGAGUCCUUUGGUGCUAAUACUCUCGUCGUAUUGGCAUCACAAGAUUAUUCAUCUUUGACUACCAAUACAUGGGAUUUUGCUCGUAUAGUCGAAGUGUACGACAUAAGGUAUGGAGUCAGUAUGGUGGACGUGGUCGAGCUUUGGGGUAGUCCUGACGUGACUUUCUUCAGUUGCAACCUGAAUUCGGUGGUUGUUAUUUUUGAUAGUGUGGACAAAGCUACGGUAGCACUUUGCAUAAAAACGAGUUCUUUUAAAACUAGGAAGCUGGUCGAUGCAUCCGACCUAGCGUUGACGUACGCUCUCGAACAAAUACUGCCUGAAGGAGGUUCGCUUGGAAUACGGGACUACAGCAAGCAGUUGCCAUUAAGGGAAGAUAAUGCAUCCCCAUUGUCCUGGUCACAUCAAUCUGUUGACGCACCGAUACGACCUAUGGCGGUAUUGAAGCAGCAUGGACAAGCUAUUACAGAGUGCUUACCAAGACGUUUUCCCCAAUGUUGGGAUACACAAUGGAGUGAUUUACGUUCGAAAAGUGACUCUAUGAUUCACAAGGAAGUGAGGUUCGCUCCGGGUAAAGUAAUAUUUAAAUCACGAAAUCUAGACGACGAAGCAGGACCUUCUCAUGCCAGAGCGGCAGCGGAAGAUAUUCCCCCUGCUCCAUCUUGUGAGGCGCAGGAGCUGACAACUAUUAAUAGCGAAGAACAAUCAGAUCUAGAGAAAAGAAGACAGCAAGGUGCGAUUCCAAAAACCCCUACACCAAUACCAGGCACUGUUCCAACACCUGCUGCACCUUUAAAAGGUAUAUUACGGCGAACUAGGACCCCCGCAGGUCGACCACUACUAGGACGUUUCAAGACGCCUGUACCUACAAAAGCAGAUGGAAAGAAAGACCAUUCUACAGACAAAAAACCAACAACUUUAUCUUCUGCAUAUGAGGCUGUAUCGCAGUUUUAUCAUAAAUUAAAAGAUAAGCAACAGUUCUCAAGCUGCUUUAAGCCAAGCCCGGCGUCACCAACAGAAUCAGUAGGACAACAAACAGAACCAACACCAUCCACUUCGGGCUCCACCACAGAGCAGUUGGAGCGACCACAGAAAGAAGAGACACAGUCCGGGCGUAGACCAGAGCAAGUCGAGAAAUUUCAAAUUAUUGAAGGUAACAAUUCUUCUUAUGUGAAAAAUAUCUAUAUGAAAUUAACCGAUAAUAUAUUGCCAUUCUAUCGAUUUUUAAGGCUUAGUUUUGUUUAAUAAGUAUGAAUUCAUCUGUCGAAGUUUUCCAAUCGUAGCGAGUUACAGCUGAGCUGUUUUAAAUUAGCAAAUCAUUUGUGUGCGUCGGUUGCGAUCUCAAAUGGCUCAACUGUACUUAAUCAAAAUUUGCCAGGUAGUUGGCGAAGUAUAGUUUUCUAUUUUUUCUUUUUUUGUUGCCAAGAUUGUUGUAAGUAUUUCGAAUGAAAAUGCUAUCAAAGUAAACUGUCACCCUACUAAAGUCGCAAUGACUAUUUUUUAAAACCAAAUUUAAUUGCUUUAUUUUCCCUAACACAAAUUUUUAUUUUAUAAAUAACCAAUCAGAUUACGAACACAAUCAAAUUAAUCAUAAAAUUCUAACAGAGUGGACUAUAACAAGGUCCGUUUACACACCCCGCAUACGCGUUCCAUCACAAGUAAACAAAUUAGUGAAAACUUAAAAUACUUAACGUUUUGUGUUAAAUUCCCAAAAAUUGUUUUUCUUCUCUUUGGGCCACAGGAAUGUAAUUUUACUCCCAACUCGCUGGCCAUGCACACGACACAACGAACAGCAACCUGGCCUGGAAAUUGACAAAAGGGCCUCCUUCAGUAUUUAAAUUUUAAACGGAAUUCUCUUAUCUAUGGAAAAGACGCAGAUUUUUCCCACUUAUCGCUAAUAAAUUACACCAACCUUUUAACAAAAGUAAUAAAAGUGCCUAUACAGUAAAACAGUCACUUAAAUGAUUUAACAAAGUAAAAUUCAUAACAUAAAUCAGCGAUACAUUGCUCUACAUUUAACAAUUGUAGGAAAUAAUCUUUUAUAAGCAAAAAAUUGGAUACAACUAAACACGCAACAAUCGUUCCGUGCUUGAACAUAAAACCCCACCAGACUAAUUUAACAAAUUGAAACGAAAAUUUGACUAACAUUAAAAACCCCUCAUUAAUUCAGGCGGCUGGACCCAAAUCUCAACGUCCACGUCCGUUACAUAGCAAUAUACACCCGUAAUUACGAAUCCCACUUCCACAUUUUUGCACUUACUAGGUUCAACCAGAAUUUUAUCAAUUGUUGCUUUAUCCAAACCUAUGAACUAUUAACACAUCUGCCCAUUUUAUUCAAAAAUAGUGUCUAACAAAUAAUUUCUAAAGAUAUGGAGUAUCAGAUGAAAUAAAAGCAACAAUUGCGCAUAUUUUAUGUGGCCUAAACAAAAAACGCAAACUUAAAUUAUACGUGUUGUGACAGCAGUGUUGGUGAACAGACUUUUGUUAGAUCUUGGAUCAUUGCUGAUAUUGAUAUUUAACUAAAACUUUUCUGUAGUCCUCAAUGACACGAGGGUUUUUCAAAUGGUCUGUUUCAGCUGAAAUAUUUUCAGUUUAACAUUCAAUUUUAUCAAAAUUAUUUAUUGUUUGUACCCUUUUACAAAAUAAAUUGUUUUUUGGAAUGCAAACAAUGUUUGUGUCCUUGAAACGCCCAUUUUUUUUACACAAGCAUUUCUUGAUAGUUCAUUUAAAUUAAAGUCCAUUGAGUUUAGAGAAGAAAAUUGGUUUUACAAUAUGCAAUUGAAAAUAUUUGAGCUGAAAUAGACUCGUUGAAAAACCUUUAUCUAUAAAUUUUUAGAAAUUUU